AGGCCCUGAGGGCAACCGCAUUCUCCCUACCUUUGAGCCCUCAUCAACUAGGCUGCCUCCAACAGUGGAGACAGAAGAGAGCUACCGACAGCCUUUCCCUCCGUGGUUUUGUCUAACUCUCUUUAAAAAACCAUCCAAGUUGGUGUCUCUUAGUCCUACUAUGCCUCCAGAGUAGCUUGUCUGCAAGCCACAGAGGCGUGUCGAUGUCGUCUGCAUUAAUACAAAAAAAAAAGCACUUCCGGUGCUUUCUCCCAGGGGACGUGUGCGCUUGGUAGAUGGUCCAGAGCGACAGCAAAGGUAAAGGAGGCAUCGUGCGUGCUUUGGGCGCUGCCGCUCAGCCAUGGUGAAAAUCAGCUUCCAGCAGCCGGCGGCUGGGCUCAAGCCGGAGAAAGAGGCGGCAGGAUCAGCAGCAAACUAUGAAACCAAAGCCGAAAUCCUCUUGCCUCAGGACUUGGAGGAGCAGCCCUUGCCUUUGCCAGUGCAGAGCAGGAGACCUCUUAGUCGCAUCUUCUACUUGACUAUGAUCCUGAUGUUGUUGCUCCUUGGCCUAAUUUUGACAUCAGUGUAUAUCUACAGAUAUUUCUCCAUUACUGUUGCAAAUGAGUAUGGCUUAGAAGACGAGAAGAUACUGGAGUGUGAUCUUUCCUAUGUAGAUGAAUUCAGGGAGCAGCUGGAACUGCGUGAGAACGUGAGGAUUUACCUUGACGAGGAUUAUGAACAGAUCAGUGUCCCAAAGUCCCGCUUUGGCGAAAGUGACCCUGCAGAUAUUAUCCAUGACUUUCAGCGGGGACUGACGGCCUAUCUUGACAUAACCUUGGAUAAAUGUUUUAUAAUUGAACUGAAUACUACCACUGUUAUGCCACUUCAAAAUUUCUGGGAACUGCUUGUUAAUGUAAAGAAAGGGGCAUACCUGCCACAAACCUACAUAAUCCAGGAGGAGAUGAUAGUGACAGAGCAUAUCACUGACGUGUAUGAGCUUGGCAUCUUUGUAUAUCCUCUGUGCCAUAAUAAAGAGACCUACAUGCUGAAGCGCAGGACUGCAAGAAGACAUAUCCAUCGGCGUGCUGCUGAAAAGUGUCAUCACAUUCGCCAUUUUGAAAACACUUUUGUAGUUGACACAGCCAUUUGCCAGAAAUUGUGAGAGCUGCUUCCUGGAUGUAACCCUCCUGGGCUUUGCCUCAACUUAACCACCCAGGCGCUUCUGCUCUCUUCUUGAGAGAAUGUGUCUUAGUUUACCUCUUGCUCCUGUUGCUUGUAUAUUACUAAUUUCUCGGGUCACAUGUGGUCAAACACUGGGCCUUGGUGUCAUUAUACUGCAUUUGCUUCUAACAUUUACACUUUACUGGGAUUAAAUUUACACAGCAACCCCAAAAUGUGAGUGUGGGGUUUCCCUAGUAAAAACUGGCACAAUAGUCUCUCCUGGGAGAACGUGAGAAAUGUGAAGAUUGGGGGCUGGUUUGAAUCCACAUCCAACCAGAAUUGAUAGAUGCACUUGGCCUUUCUCAUUGGAGCUGGAUGUAACAAGUGCCACUUCCUUGUAAGGGCACCCUUCUCAGCAUGAAAUAAUGAUUUGUAUGAGCCAAUGUAGUGUCAACAGAAAAUCCACUGUAAAAUUAAUUCCCUAAAUGGGAGAGAGUGCGAUGCGUUGUUAUGCCUGCAGCCCUACAUAGAAAUGUAUGACUCUGUUAGGCUGGCUUAUUCCUGGCUUUACUCUACAUAGCAUUUCUAGCCUUUUUGUGCUAGCCUGUCUGCUAUUUUUCUCAUUUUUCAGUAAUAGGCUAUGAUGUACAAUGUGCAUGUACAAUUAAUCUGCAUGCAUGAUUGGUCAUGUUUCACAAGAAUCUUCAGUGGAAGGAACAGCAAACUUUCAAAUCCCAAGUUUGUAGACUAACAAGAACAAGUUAUUCUAGGAGACCUUGCUGAGGAAGAAAUAAAACUGGGUCUCCUUUCCCAGUCCCCAGAUGUCUUUGCAGAUUACCCAGAUGGUGUGAGUGUGUGAAUCUUUAACCUUAGAAUCAUACCCAUUGAGUCUAUGUAUUAAGAUGCAUAGGCUAUUUAGAGAUAUCCAGUGUGAUGCCUUCCAGAUGUUGUAGACUACAACUCCCAUCAGCCCCAGUUAGUAUGACCAAUGGUCAAAAAUUAUGGGAGUUGUAAUCCACAAUAGUUGGAAGGCACCAUACUGCCUACUCCUGGGUUAUGUAAUAUAUUCAGCAGGAGUCUCAUAAAGGGUGGAGCAGGUCAAUAUUAGCUGAAGUGUGACAUCAGAGCAACUUUGCAAGCAUAACAGCCCAAUGUCUCGUAAUCUCACAGGGGUGAACAAUGCACAGGUUUAGAUUGGCUUAAUUCCUAACUGCACUUCCAGCACAAAUAAUGUGAAAGUGGACUGGUGGUUGAUAUUCUGACUCAUCAGUUUCCUUUCAAAGACACUGCCUUAAUUUAUUGAUCACAUCAAUAAGCAGUUGUGCUUACUUGCACAUUGUUUUCCCCAGUUAUCUGUUUCCAUUAGUUUUAAUUGGAGUAACUCUCUUCGGUUACUGUGGCUGUUACAAUGGACACCAACUCAAUUUUGUCCCCUCAUAAACUCCAAGUGAAACAGGGCCACUUCUCUUUUUACCAUUGGAUGGAUGGUUACUGAGCUUCGACCAAAGGUUUUCGUUGAUUGACUUAUUUUGGGGAUCUUAUAUGAAUGUUUUCAGAAGAUCAUUUAGAUUCAUUUUUGGCAUAUUGUUGUGGUUAAAGGACUGCAGAUGCAACAGCCAGAUUGAUCCCUUCUCUUCUCUUUCCCACACCCGCAAAGUCUUGCUUUAUAGGGAUAGAUUGGUUGAAAUGAGGAGGAGGAGCCUCAUGCAAACAGGUAGGACCCUGGGUUACAUUGUCCACUCACAAUAAAAAUAAAGAGAAAAGAAUCAGUAGCAUUGCAUACUGGAGGAAGGAAUGGCUCCCUGUUUCUCCUGCUGUAUCUUAACCAUUCGGUUUCUAAACAUUAGAAUCUGAGCAGUAGACUACAAUCGAGGUUCCUAGACAGGUAAAACGAGAAAAGUUGGCUGCAGCUGGAAUGCAGUUAUGCCAUUUUCUUUUUCUGUAGCAAGGGCCAAAGAGUGGUAGAUGAGAUGCAUGUGCUAUGAAGGCUCCUAGACAUGUAGAAUUCAGGGAAUGUGAAGAGGGAUACGAAUGUUUGGGAAAAGAAACCACCAUCUGUUGACCAGAAAGUUCACGCAGACUCUUGCAAAUAAAUCUAAAUAACCUUCAAAAGCAGGAUGGGUUACUUUUUUUAAAACUGGGCUGGGAAGAUCUUGGAGGCACUACUUGGCAAACAUUGCACACCUCCAUUUAUGGGGGAUUACCCCUUGGUACAAGAGACUGUGAUCAGCACAGUUUUUAGCACAAACUCCCUAAACUGUCCUUGCACAGCCAAAUUCUUCCAGAAGAUGACAGAAAUAAAAGUUGUGGUUGUAUUUAAACCAUCCACUAACAUACUGGAGAUACAAAUUGCAUCUUCAUGAAGUAUCUGGACCAUAGAGAGCAUUAAUGGAUCAGUCCCUGGGAGAACACUGGUGCAGAUUUUAGGGGAAGGAGAUAGGAUGCUUGCGUGAAGCUGGGAGAAAGAGAGGUGGAUGCUGAAGGACAGAUUGCUUGUGAGAAGGUCUGUGGAAGGUUGUCUCCUUGAGCAGAUAGUUGGAGAGAAUUGUGGUAUCAUUGAGCAGCUCCCAGUUUACAGAAGCCUCUUGAGUUGGGAGCCUGUCUCCAGGGGUGUAGUCGCCCAGGGCCUCAGGAGCAGAGUCCCCAGCAGGGUCCCUAUCUCCAGCAUCCUGCGAGCCAAUCAGCAUGAAAGGGGAAUGUGUUAGCCACUGAGAAGAGUCUUCUAACUUAUCCUUUCCUGCUGAUUGUUGCCAAUCAGAAUGAAAGGUGAGUCAGCCACUGAGAUGACUCUUCUCAGUACGUAACACACUCCCCUUUCAUGCUUAUUGGCUCCUAGAGAUGUCUGUUGUUGUGGGAGAAGGCAUUAAAAAGGCAUUCUCAAUCUAGCAGCAAAAAAGGGGGAAGGUGGCUGUGACUAACAUGAAGAGACCCUGCACUUUGAACUUGCUGCUACGCUACUGCCUGUCUCCAUUUAAAAAGUGUGUGUGCAUCUCAAUUUGAAUUUCAGCUGCUUAUGAACAAGGCAUAGGGUAGCUAUGUAUGAACAAAUGGCUGUACAAUGUCUGCUUUAAGUGUUCCGGUGGUGUUAAGUGUUCCUGAGGUGGUUGCCUGGACUGGUCUGUCACUGUGUUGUUGCAAAUCCACCCAAAUGCGCUGCAUGACAGCUUUGCUUGGCAAAUUAUAUGGCUUAACCAGCAUUAAUAAUAACGAAGUGCCUAAAGUCUGGCUGCUGCAAAAUAAAAAAAGGGGGGGAACCAAAACAAUGUGAUUCCAUUAAAAGUAGUUACAACAUGGAAGCUUAUAACAUAUAGCCAUCCUUGAUGCUUUUUUACCUUUAACCUGCCCAUGCAAACAGAGGUUUCAGCUCCUAUUGAGCUGUACAGUGUCCUUGGUUAUAGGCAAUGUACAAAUUCCUAUUGAUUUUUAUUGGAAUUUCACCUGAAGAGUACAGGUUCUAAAGGGAGCAUCAUACUGUUUGUUCAGUGAGCAUUGUGGCAAACUAAUAAAUAGAAGUCUUGCAUUUGCUACCUGCCCUCAGGUUGGAAAUCCAACCUUUUCAUGUUUGCUUCGUUGUGCAUGUUUUACACUGGUCGUUCAUCUUGUUAAUUUUGUGCAAAACCUGAAUUAUAAGGAUAAGGCCUUAGGUCUUUGCUAAUGUUAAUUCAAAGAGUCAGAACAUCAGUUAUAUGGGGGAGAAGGGAAAGAACAUUAAAUGCUUUAUAUAUUUUGUCUGAAAGAAAUCUUACCUUUUCGGAAAAAUGAAUAAGAUAAUAAAAUAUUUUACUUCUGG